UAGACAGGGCCAGUGUCCGUUCCACAGAGGGAGGGAGACACCGCGCACGGACAGGCUUCAGUCCGGGAGGGGGUUGGCUGACACCGCCACCUUUGCGCCUUAUUGUCUCCGCAGGACAAGGAAAAGGACAAGAAAACACCAGAGAGAGAGAGAAAAAGAGAGAGAAAACGCUAUAAGGGGAAAUUAUCUGGCCACAUCUCUUAUUUCGCCCUGAGCGGCCCCCUCCCACCCCCAAGAGGACGACCACCCAAAGAAAAUCCCACUUGACCAGCGUUGCCAAUACGCGAUGCACCUUAAUCGGCAGAAGAAAAUCGACAACGGGUGUUUUUUGUCGUAUGGCAACCGUUCCUAGACUCAACCUGUGAAGAUUACGGACACUCUUUUAAGUGUUGACACAGUUUGGCUAACGGCUUUUCAGACUGAGAGGAAUGGUCUCAUUCCUCGAAACUAACGUCAGUUGGGUUGUUCGUCUGCUCGUUGGUUUUUUUUUCUCACGUCUUCACGUCUUUUAACCAUAUUGAACAGUUUUUAUUUCGUUUUUUACCGACAAUGGUCUGACAUUGUGGACCGCUAUAGAUAGAGAUACAUUGUAACUGGAUGUGACAGCGUCGUGUAUUCACUCGCACAGUGUAGCAGUAUAGUUUUCGGACCUAGGAAUAAAACACCUAAAGGAAUUUGAAUAACCACUGUUCAGAGGAAAGUUUAAGGAGCUUCGAGUAGCAGCCGUCUUGACCACAUUAAGGACAUUUCUCCAAAGGUCACAGACGCUGGGCUGUAGCCAUGCUCUCCUUGGACGAGCCGCUGGACCUGAAACUGCCCAGGGGGCACGUUAAUGGGCAUGAUCGAAGUUCCAGGUCACCACCCACCCUGACCCCUUCUCCUAUCCAUGCUAAGAGGGCUGGACAUCUGCAUAUGGCCGAUGAUGGGACGGUGGACAUUGUUCCAGCUUCCCCUGCUUCUUCUCACACAGGCUUGCCCAUGGAACGGCCUGAAGCAUACACACCCCCUGCAGUAGACCUCAGUAUGUCCCCAUCUUCACGCCACACACCCUGCUCUCCUGAGCUGGCCAAUGGAAAUGGCUCCUCUCACAUCUUCUCUGGGGACUCUCAUAUCCGUUACGUUGAGGGAGGGGCUUCCUCACAAGCCUUUCAGUUCUUCAUGCCGAUUGGAGGAGGAGGGUUCCAUCUGCCGUCCUCAAUGUUUAUCGGACAGCCAAAGGACAAACGGGCCUCACCUGACCUUUCAGCAGAUGAGCAGCUGUCCUGCCACUGGAGGAAGUGCCACAUGCUUUUCGACUCCUUGCAAGAUCUAGUGGACCAUGUAAACGACUUUCAUGUCAAGCCUGAGAAGGAUUCUGGGUAUUGUUGCCACUGGGAGGGCUGUGCUCGCAAAGGACGGGGCUUCAACGCAAGGUACAAAAUGUUAAUCCACAUUCGCACUCACACCAACGAGAAGCCUCACCGCUGCCCGACCUGCAACAAAAGCUUCUCGCGCUUGGAGAAUCUCAAGAUUCACAAUCGUUCACACACAGGAGAAAAGCCGUACAUUUGCCCCUAUGAAGGCUGCAACAAGCGCUAUUCAAACUCCAGCGAUCGCUUCAAGCACACACGCACACACUACGUGGACAAGCCAUACUACUGCAAGAUGGCCGGCUGUCUGAAGCGCUACACGGACCCGAGCUCGCUACGUAAACACAUCAAGGCGCACGGGCAUUUCGUGGCUUCGCAGGAGCAGCAGUCAAGUCCUGGAGGAGGAGGAGGGGGUAAUGGCGGCUCGCCCAUGAUGAAGCCAUCUCACAUUUCGGGAAAAGAGUCCGAACUGAGCUACGCCCACAUCAUUUUCCCGGGUGCGGCGGCUGCUCUGCUAGGAGCAUCUCUGCCUCGGAGUCCUCGACCCUUGGACCUAAGCAUGUUGGGAAGUCCCACCUCACCGGUCCUGUCCUUUGGUGGAAUGGCCAAGUCACCCCUCAUGCCUUCUGCCUUCUCUGCGCUUGGAUUCCCUGUGGUGCCCAUGCUGGGCUCAAAGCGCAGGGCGCACUGUUCCAGUGUGAAGGACGGGGAGGAUGAGAAUCCCAGGGGCACCCUCAACCUCUCCACAGGGAUGUCCCAUGAUCCCCUGUCCUGGGUGGUGAUUCCUUCAGGCCCAGUAGUUCUAAAGCCAGCUGUGGUCAACUGAUCUUUCAGCAUUCCAUGAGGAAUGAA